UCAGCUCUGCAGCAGAUUGUCCUCAUGUUGGAACAAUGGGAGAAGAAUUUGUCCAUCUCUAACUUCAUGUCCGGAUCAUGUGGGAAAGACGCUGAACAGUCAGGAGCUGACAGAGGAACCUGGAAUAUUUGUUGUUCAGUUUUCAUGUUAUUCCAGCUUCAGUUACAGCAAACUGCUGAACGUCAAACAUCUGUAACUUCCUCAGGAUUUUACAUCUAAACAGCUCAGGAGGAGACAGAAAGGAGCCAAACAGCUGAGAAGGAGCAGGAAAACACAGAGAUGUUAGCAGUGAUCCAUCAGGAAGCUCUGAGAUAAACAUCCAAACGAAAUACAGAGCGACCAAUCAGCUGGAUCACAUCUGAGAACAUCCCAGAUGUUCCUCACCUGGAUGGUUUUAUCAGUUGUGAUGAAUCGUUUCACUUCAUGAAGAUAAAAAUCUCCUAAAGCUUCACUGAUUUUUCUCAGAUUAUUGAACAUCAUGAAGGUCAUGAUUGGAGCUGAUGUUCUCCUCCUAACAGAUAUUAGAACAUCAUAUCUACAGAGUAUCCCUCAUAUCAUAUCUGGGAAGAUUCUGAAGGAUCUCUAUGUGGAUCUCUUUAUUUACAACUGGAGCUGAAGCAUUUAGUGGACGUUUGGGAUUUCACUGAGGAACUGAGAAGGUUCUGCUGCUUCACUGCGAGGCUUUCAGUGAAGGAACUACAUGGUCUUCAUUCUGAACAUCCAUGUUUUCUAGAUGUUUCUCUGACUAAAGACCUUCAGAUGUGAAGAUUCCAGAAGCUGUGGACAGAGCAGAACUGAAGGACGAAAGCUUCCAACAUCACAGGGAACUGGUGUGCCUUCGUGCAGAAGCGUGUGCUGAUGGUGGCCGAGGCGUGUAGGACCCACAGGCAUGUUCUGAAAGAUCAGAGUCCGUGUUCCAGCGGGUCGCCGGGCUGCCAGAGGAUCACGUACCGGUUGUCCAUGCAUCCCACCUUCUGCCAGAAGAAGAAGGUGAUCACCUCUCUGCUGUGGCGCUGCUGUCCAGGACACGGAGGUCCAAACUGUGAGGAUGAAGUCUCUGGACUUCAGCCGGACUCUGGAGGAUCAGAACCUGAAGGAACCAAGGUCCAGUUUCCAGACGACCCAGCUGGACUUCAGCUCCAGCGGCGUGCCGACCCGAACCGAGAGCAGAACGACCACCAGACGUCCUUCACUGCUCCAUUCGACCCAAACAACCCACGCAGCUCAGCCCACCCUGACCAGGACCCAGGAAAGCCACCCAGUCACCAUAAUCAUCCAGUUUAUCAUCAUCAAGGGCAGAACCAGCAACCGUCCAGGAAACCAUCACAGAUCCCAGAGGGAAAGGUUCUGCCAUACCCAGACAUCCCUGCAGUCCUCCCCGUCCCUGACAUGAUGGCACUGGUCAUAUCCCAGCUGCAGCCGAUUCUGGAGGGCUUCAACCGCUCUCUGGAGCACCUGAACCAGCAGGUGGGGGUGCUGGCUCAAGAUGUGGCUGAACUGAAGAGCAGCCAGCAGGUGGUAGAGCUGCAGGAAGAGAAGGAAACCAAGGUGGAGCUGGAUGCCAAACUGGACGAGGUGUUUCAGCAGAUCAAGGACGUUCGGAGGCAGUUCGAGGAACAGCGCAGCAACAUGGAGAACAGGUUACACUCCCAGCAUGAUAAGCUACACCAGAACCUUAGCAGCUUUAGGAUGGAUGUUGAUCAGAAGCUGAAGCACCAGCAGAUGGAGCUACAGGUCAGCCUGCAGGGCUUGAACCCAACAUUGGCUGGAAAAAGGCUGGACCAGGAUCAGAUCCCUGAGGACCCGCCUGAGAUCCAGCUCUCCCUCCGGCACCCAACAGACAACACGGCGCUGUGGGAGGCCAUCACACAGCUGGACAACAUGGUGGUCAACAACACAGCGAAGGUGGACAAACUGAUGGAGGACAUGGAGGUUUCUUCAGCUGAUGUUGAGCAGCUGACGCAGCAACUAAAGGAUCUGGAGAAACUGAUCAACCAGACGGCCCGGAAAAGCCAAAUUCUGUUCAUGGAGACGGGUCUGGAGGUGGAGCAGGCCAGGGUGUCGGUAUUGCAGAGGGUAGAGGAACUGGCGAGGAACGUGACGCUUCAUGAGCAGCGUCUGCAGGAGAGCGACGCUGACGUGGACUACCUGUACACCGAACUCUACAGGUACAACCUGUCCACAGACUGCAACUGUGGGGGUCUGAACACUGCCGUGGCUCACCUGAAGAGGGGCGUGGCCAACGUCACACAGUUGGCCAAUGAGAACAGAUUGGCCCUGGAAGAGAACAGCGAGGUGGGCGGGACUCUGUGGGGCGGAGCCGGGGACUGGGAACCAGCAGUGGAGGCGCUGCAGAGAGAUCUCCAACAGGUGAACGAGUCUGUGGCCUCAAAACAGAACAGAACCAGGACCUUGGAGCUCAGUUUGACCCACCUCAGCAGCUCAAUCUCAGCUCUGCAGGAGGUGGACGUUCAGCAGGAGAAUCAGGUGAAGAUGCUGUCGGUGUCCUUCCGUUCGCUGCUGCAGGACGCCAUCCGGCACAGCGACGUGCUGCAGCUCCUGCUGGGGGAGGAGGUCCUGGAGUUCUUGGAGUGGCCCAUCCAGGACCAGGAGGCCCACUCCAUCCCGGCCCUGAAGGAGCAGGUCAGGGAGCUGCAGGAGCAGCUGAGGAGCCAGAAGGAGGCGAGGAAGUUGCAGGACAGAGGAGCAGGAAGCAGAGAGGAGGUUCUCUCUGCUGACCAGCCCUCCCACUCCCUCCCUCACUCUCCCACUGGUGGCUCCAGGAGGACCAGCGGAGGAGUUCCAGUCAGGGAGAACCAGCUCCUUCUCCUCCACCCGGAGAUGAAGCAGCAUGCCGGAGAUGGUAGCGACCUGUGGAACCUGGAGAAGAAUGUGGGGCAGCUGGAGCAGAGGGUGGUCCAACUGGAGGGGAGACCCUGCUUCUGCAACAACACUCCGACUGAGAGGGGGGCGCCCCCUGCAGGAGUGAAUCUGCAGCUGCAGGAGGAGGUGAUGUGGCUGAAGAGGGGGCUAGAGGAACACCUGAGAGUGUUCAAGAACGUGUUCAGCAACGCAGAUGUGCUGGCAGCAUCUGAAGAUACGGUGGAGCUUGAUAAGCUGAGGGAGCUGAUGAAGAGGAGAGGCAAGAAGAAACGAGGAAGAGGAGAAAGUGAAGGAGGAGGAGGAAGCCACCGCAGCAGGAGGGAGUCUGCAGGUGUGCCUUUCCCAUCCAGCCAAUCAGAUGUCUCUCUGCUGUUUGUGGGCGGAUCUCCUCGGAGUGUCUCAGACAGAUCCGUCACGCUUGAACCGUCUCUGAACCUGGAUCAGUUUUACGCCGACACUGGGGUCUUCACAGCUCCUGUGGACGGGCUCUACCUGUUCAUUCUGGCCUUGGACCUGAGGCCAGGCUCCGCCCACAUGGUCCUGAGGCAGGUGGAGAAUAGGGGCGGAGCUCUGCUGUUUCGGCAGCAGCAGGAGGUGAAGGAGGCGGGGCCUGUGAGCAGUGUGGGCCUUCUUUUGCUCAGGAAGGGGGAGGAGCUGAGGCUGGAGGUGAGAGGAGAGUGGGCCGAGUCAGAGAACAACCUGGUCGCUGUGCUGCUGCUGCAACACGCCACCUGAGGGCGCUGUGAACCAAUCAGCUGAAGGAAGGGGCGGAGCCUAAUGUGACAUUUGCACCUUAGAGACUGAAAAGCAGAUUUCAGAAACUUUACCUGCCACAGAUACGACUCUUUACAUGUUUACCUGCUGCUGUAGGAACUCUCUCCAGUGUUCUGUUUUCUCCUACUGCCCACGAACGCACCACACUGAUCGAUUUAGAAGUUUUCCUGUUUUUAUAAAAAAUACUUUCAGAACCUCCCAGAACCACGAUUCACCACUAACUCUUUUAAGGUGGUUAUUAAAUAUUCAUUAUAAAUGAAGUGAUGCUUCGUUGUAGAAAUACUAACGAGGUUAUUUAACCCAUGAAUAUUACAACAGCAGCACUUUUUUACGUUAAUGGUUCUUGUGCACAUUUUCCACCAGCAGGAGGCGCUGCUGCUGCAGAACUGAGAAAAGUUCUGCUUCUUUAUUUUCACGUCACGCAGAUUUAAAUCAGAUUCAAACAAAUGACCUGAAUGUAAAGCUUCAGUAUGAUUCUGUAUAAACACCCUGAGCCGCAGAGAUUUAAAUAAAGAUUAUUAAUGAGUGUAAA